CACAGACAAGUCCAGGUUUAUCCAGAGAACCAUGGCAGAAGGUGGAUUUGAUCCUUGUGAAUGCAUUUGCUCGCAUGAACAUGCAAUGAGAAGACUGAUUAAUCUGCUAAGACAAUCCCAGUCGUACUGCACAGACACAGAAUGCCUUCAGGAAUUGCCAGGACCAAAUUCCUCCAGUGACAGUGGCAUCAGCUUUGCCAUGAUAAUGAUGGCCUGGGUGGUGAUUGCACUUGUCUUGUUCUUACUGAGACCUAGUAAUCUGAGAGGAUCCAAUGCAGCUGGAAAGCCAACCAGCCCACAUAACGGACAAGAACCACCAGCCCCACCAGUGGACUAGAGCAGUCAGUAUUGGAAAGGUUCAGCAAAAAAGCAGCUAAAACCUUGCACGACCAAAUGAACGAAGUGACCAGAUUACUCCUAAACCCCAUUCAAUACUGUUUUCUUUUCUCAUUUAUAUAGAGCAAAAUUAUCAUUCAGCAGUUAUCUUCAUGAACUGCUUUUAGCGACUUCAAUUUUAAGUUAAUUUUUGCUUUGUAUGUUAUUACAAUUCCUAGUAGAUUGUAAUUUGCAUAAUGAUAAGGCGUUGCAGGGUUUUUUUGGUUGUUACUGUUACUGUGGACAUUCCACUCAGUCUCUUUCUGUUACAAUGAUCUUAAUUUCUUUGCAGUGAUUUCUGAUAUGCAUUGAAAGAAAAAGAAAAUCCCUGUGCAUCUAUAAUAAUGGAAGGUUACUGACCUUUCUUCAGAUUAAUCCAUAUUUUUUUCCCAUUAUGCUUUGGAGAGUUAUAUUAUGGUUGCAACUAUUAGCUUAGUUAAGUGGUAAAAAAUUGAAAAUAUUUUGUAUUUGCCCUGGGUUCAGAGCAGCGUUUAGUCUGGUCUUUGGACUACUAACAUAGUUUUCAGGGUUGUUGGCAAAAGCACAGAU